AAGGUGGGGAGAUAGGCAAAAUCAUGACUUAGGCAGCAUCAAGAUGAAGUUUCCUCCAUUUCAAGGCAAAAAUGAUCCAGAUGUGUAUUUGGAGUGGGAAAAGAAGGUGGAAUAUGCCGUUGAUGGAGAAUUGCUUGUCACUAGGCAAGCUUUGAAUGUGCAAGCCAAAGAAGAUGAUGAAGUACAACGUGACAAUAUAUUUCACACGAGGUGCCAUGUCAACAACAAGGAUUUCAAGGAUGUGUUUCCAGAUGAUGUUCCUAAUGGUUUACCACCAAUAAGAGGAAUUGAGCAUCAAAUUGACUUCAUUCCUGUUCCAGUGCUACUUGUGCCUAAGAAGGAUGGGACUUGGCGUAUUGAAAAAUUGACUGGUGCAGCACUGAACUAUCCUACUUAUGACAAGGAGAUGUAUGCAUUGGUAAGAGCUUUAGAGACAUGGCAGCAUUAUCUUUGGCCUAAGGAGUUCAUGAUGCAUACUGAUCAUGAAUCGUUGAAGCACCUGAAGGGACAAGGUUCUCGAAGAUGGCACACUUCAUUCCAUGUCAUAAAACUAACGAUGCAACCAAUAUUGCGGAUCUAUUCUUCAAGGACGUUGUUCGUUUACAUGGCAUUCCAAGGACCAUCAUUUUUUAUCGCGAUGUCAAGUUCUUGAGUUACUUUUGGGAGACAUUGUGGGGAAAGCUGGGAACUAAGCUACUAUUUUCAACUACUUGUCAUCCACAAACUGAUGGACAAACAGAAGUGGUUAAUAGGACGUUGUCAACCUUAUUGCGUUCUAUUAUUCAGAAGAACUUGAAGAACUGAGAAGAGUGUUUGCCGCACGUUGAAUUUGC